CUCUAGCUCUCUUACUCUCUCCAUGUUGCCCUUGUUUAUGAAGAACUUCUCAAAUUGGUCAGUAUUAAAAAGCUUGCAUAGCAAAAUCAGUGAAUACUUUGCGCUCAAAUGGAACUGUUGAUAUUUGUUUGCUGUAACUUCCAGCAGCGUGCAUGAUUUUUAACUUCAGACAUCCAUACAUAUAUGCAUACAGAUAUAUGGCUGGGUUGAAAUGACAUUCAGUCGUUCGAAAAACAUCGAAUUCAUCACUGGAUGGAUGAAAUCCAUCUGAUCACUUUCAUUUCGGUAACAAAAAUCGGAAUUAUAACUUUAGUGAUGACUGAAAAAAAAAAAAUAUUAAUUUCUAAAUUAAACUUACAACAUUAUUCAAUUAAAUUUGAAUCAGUGAUCGCACGCAAAGUAUAUUAUAGAAAUGUAACAAUAUGAUUGCUGAAAAGCCUACUGAUUGUUAUAUAUUUUUCAUAUUCUUAAUCUACUAAUCUAUGUAUCUUAAAUUAAACAAAACAAAAACAAACAAGCUUUAAGUGACUGGAAAUACGUAUCCUGCCGUAACUAAUCUUGCCACACUCAAGAAAAAUGCACAUUUAUUACAAGUUUGGAUUGUGCCUGAUAUUCAUACUCAGCAUAAGUGCGUCCUUUACAAAAGCAGCUCCAUCAAACGUGUCUUAUGACAAUAACGUCGAUUAUUAUGAGGAAUACUAUGAUGAGAAUGGUCUAGAGCAAAAAGAUAACCUAACAGUUAACACCACUGAUAUGGAAAGCGUAAAUUCGACAAUUAGAACUAUUAUCGUUAUUCCAACAACAAAAAGGAUAUUAGUUUCAUUAAACAAUUAUACAACUAGCAGUCAAGUGGUGGAGCCUAAGUGUCCAAAAGACUGCCACUGCUUGGAUAACUUUAAGCGCAUACUGUGUAAUGGCCUUGGUUUGACGAGCGUGCCAAAAAACCUUCCAACUACAACACUAUUCAUCGAUUUAAGCCAAAACAAUAUUGGGGAACUACAUAUUGAAGAUUUCGUAAACAUUUCUAAAGUUCGUGAAAUCAAUUUAAGUUAUAAUCAACUACAAUUUUUUGAUAAAUCGAUAUUUGACAGCUUAAUUAAUUUACAAAGACUUCAGCUAACAGAUAACAAACUAAGACAAAUUGAGCCAGCAACUUUCUCAGGCACAAGUAAUCUAAUUGAUCUGGAUUUAAGUAACAAUCCUAUAUUGUUAAAAAACGAUGGCCCAUUCCUCAUUCGACCUGGCUUAAUUAAAUUUGCUUGUCGUAAUUGCAGUUGGUAUGAAUUCUCUGAUGAUACAUUCUCAGGAUUAGCCAGUUUGCAGUCUCUAAAAUUGGAUUUAAAUAAUUUUGAUAAGAAAAUCAAUGUUAAAGCUUUUUCACCGCUGCAGAAUGUUACUAGAUUGUGGUUGCCUGAUUUGGAAGCAGAGAGUGUAACAAAACUGUGUAAUUUAUUAACAGCUAUUGACAAUAUAAAGUUCGGGCACUUUGAAAUCAGUUGCUUUGAAUUAGUACUAGGCACUUCCUUUAAUGAUAGUAUUGUGAUAACGGAUCCACCAUUCAUUCAAACGGAAAUACCACGAGUACGUAAUGAAGUACCACAAUUAGCAGUUACUGGUGGUUCGGUGCAAGUAAAGGAAACAAAUGAAGAAAUCAGUACUAAGAUUAAAUCUGCGAAUGUGACUACUAAAAUACCAACAACGAAAACAAAAUCGUCAAAUCCAAAAGAGAUCAAAAUAGAAGAAAAUAAAAUGGAAGGUAUCAAUGUCCACUCAAACUUCACAAAUUCUACGACUGCGAGUAGAAUGGAAGAUGAUAUUAACAUUAAGAAAAUGUCGGUCAUACUAACAGGAAACGCUUCAACUAUCUUAAAUAAUAUAGCAAAUACCAGUAUCGAGCAAAACGAAAUAACAACUUCGGUUAAAACAAAUAACACCGUCACAGGACAUAUAUCCCAAUAUAUGGUCAACAUACUGCUUAUAUGUAUUAUUAUUAUAGCAAUUGUUGGCAUUAUCAUUGGUAUAAUUUGCCGAAAGGAUGUUGGUGGAAUCAAAACUAAAUGUUGUCGAACAAAGAAACCGGAUCCAAAAGAUCAAGUACAUCCCCCCGAAGAAAUUCCACUAAAUAAACUAUCAUAAGUACAGGGCUUAAUCAAUUAGAAACAUUUCUUAAUUUUUAAUUAAUUA